UUCAGGCCUAGGUAGCCUAUGUAGCUAGGUACCUAGCUAGCUGCUAAGAAAAGAUGCAUAUUUGAAAGCGAAGAAGAUUCCAAGCGCUAAGACCUCAAUCCCAAGACUUUAUAUAAAAUCAAAUUGUAUUCUCUACAAAGGUAGAAGAAAAGAUGAGUGAUUGGUAUGGAUCAUUUGGCGGCGGAGGGUCAUCAAGCAGGUCGAGUAACAAUGAGGAAUUUCAAGAAGAGGAUGUUUGGUCCACUUUGAGAGAUCAAGGGGAUAUGGGCUGCAAUAUUACUGAGCGCCCAGACGUAGAAUCGAGGCAGAUCCCAACCGUGGCUAGGAUGAUUCCUAGAGCUGAUCGUGAAAAACAAUUGGAACCUGAUGAGGCCAAAAUGGGUAGGCAAUCAGCCCCUGUUGGCAUUCCUGACUGGUCGAAGAUUUAUGGGAAGAAUAAGGUCGGCAUGGAAGCUCCACCAGAUGGUGAUUAUGGCAAAGAAGAUGAAGAUGAUGAUGAAAACUCACUAAUGACUAUGCCCCCUCAUGAAUGGAUAGCUGUAAAGGAAGCAAAAAGCAAGAAAACUGCUUCCUCUGUUUGUGAAGGUGCUGGAAGGACCCUCAAAGGAAGAGAUCUAAGGAAGGUUAGGCAUGCUGUCCUCUCAAGAACCGGAUUCCUAGAAUUCUAACUCAAUCACGACGGAUCGGUGGAGACUCGUAACUCGGUGGUAAAGCAUAUGAACUCAUGGCGUUAGGGUCAUGGUAAUGAUUGGUGCAUGUUUACAUCUUGGCAGUUUGUUUGUGUUUUUUUUAGUUUUGCUCUUUUGGUAAUUAAUUAAUGAAGAAGAACAGUCUUCCUAUUUUCCUUUUGUGAAUUAAUAUUAACUAGUUUUAAUGGUUCUCGAGUCUCUUAAUUAUAUAUAGAUAUAUAUAAUAAAGCAACCAAUAGAAGUAAUAGCUGACAUGGAAAUGAGUCACACUUACAAUAAUUAGUAAUUUAGUUGAUGAUUUUUUUUU